AUGGCGGUGCGUGGACGCGCGGCGGUAGUAGCAGCAGUAGCAAUGGCUGCUGUGGAUCGGCGGCUGCCGAAUCUCGAUGACUUCGCCGGGCAGAGCUGGAGUGCUUGGGUGGAGAGAGUUGGGCCGCCUACUACCGAGACAGUGUCCGAUCUGGAAGAAAACAGUAGGAAUGGGAGAAAGAAGAUUGAUGCAAUGACCCUCAUUAAAGAAGACAUGUCUAUCUUUGGUCAUUGCCCGGCUCAUGAUGAGUUCUACCUGGUGGUGUGUAACCACUGUGGCCAAGUGGUCAAACCUCAAGCCUUUCAGAAGCACUGCGAGAGACGCCAUGGACCUCUCAGCAAACUCUGUGGUCGGGUGCAACCUUCAUCCAAUUUGCAGAAGUGCCAUGCAGUCAAUGGGCGACCCAUUGUUGGUGGCAAUCAUGGAUCCACCAAAUCAUGGAGGGAAAAAUCCCAGAGCUUUUUUAAUCAAACCCAGCAUGUACCAGAGAAGACGGACAAGAUGCCAAAGGACAACCUCUGCUUGUUUGUGCCUGUAGUGAACCUAGAGAAGAUCUCCAGCUUUCCAAAGUCCGAUGGAGAUGGAAUCAAGGCUCCCACUCUGCUUUCUGACACUGCCAUUCCCAAACAGACUUCGGGUAACUCAAAAGAGGUUCUUGGCAAACCUUCCUUAUUGGCGUCAACGAAAGAGCUGGCAUCAGCCAAAGCUGGCAGCACCUCUGUAAUAACGGUUGACACCUUGAACAGGAAACUGGAGAAUGCUUCCAGUCUGAGUGAGAAAGAAUCGGGUGUUGUAAAAUCUCUGAAGAAAAUAUCUCGGAAAGAAUGUGACUUAAACCGCCAGUGUGGUGUGGUGAAUCCUGAAACCAAGAAAGUUUGCACUCGGUUACUGACCUGCAAGAUCCAUUCUGUACAUCAGCGUCGAGAGGUGCAAGGCCGAACAAAGGACUUUGAUGUGUUAGUGGCUGAACUGAAGGCCAGCACCAAGAAGGGCGAGUGUCCCAAAGAUAAAAGUCCGGUGAGGAAAGACAUAGCUACUGAACGGCUGUUGCAGGACUUCUCUUCCAUGUCACAGACUUCUUUGGUUCUGACCAAUGUUUCUACUUCUUCUUGUCACACGAAGCAACCAUAUUCCCACUGUGCACUUUCCAGGUCUGGGGUUUCCUCCGAGAGUGACCCUGAUGACGUGCCUGUAUCUUCUAGCGAAAUUGACAACCGUCUCUACCGUUUCCCGGCAUCGAAGAGCACGGGGCGGGUGACAAGCGAGGAGAGUGAGGAGGAGGCCGCGGAUGAUUCCCACAAGUUAGACUGCCGUUAUGCAACACGACGACCCCAUCCCCAGGCAUUCUGCACUUUUGGAAGCAGAUUGAUGAGCCCAGGUUGUUAUGUGUUCAGUCGACGGUUGGAUCGGUUCUGCUCUGCACUCAGUUCCAUGCUGGAGAGACAUCUUAGCUCGCACAUGUGGAAAAGGAUUCCUCCAGCUGCUGAUCAUCCAGUUUCUACAUCGUCUCCAAUGCUUUUGGGCUUCUCUACAUCCAAUACAUCCCCAAAUUACAAUUCCUCCCUGGUUUGCAGCCUUCCCCACAGCACCCCAAGCAGGACCUCUGUAUCCUGGGCAACUUCAGUGACCAUGGCAUCCAGGGACAGCCGUAACCACCAUAGUGUGAACUAUGCAGCUGGUUCACCCCAUGCUGCAGCUGCCUGUAGCCAGUCAGACUGCAUGGGUGGAAGCCAAUCCAUCACUUCUCCACUCCCAGCCAAUACCCCAUCACCAUCAUUCAGCAAGUUGCCUUCAAACAAGGCCAGCAAGUCCUCCAAAGCCAAGGAGAUGGCUGGUAAUGUGGAGCCAGAAGCCUUAGCUCGGAAGCGCAAACAAUCUCCCAGUGUCUCUGCUAGCCCACCUUAUAAACAAACUUGUUUCCUUGAUCUGGGCAAGAACAAAGCAAUUGGUUGCCAGGUGUCCCAUCCAUCUGCCAAGGCCAAGCCAUCUGUGGUGGCUUCCUCUAACCUUUCCCUGAAUGGGACAGUCUCUUCAGGGGCCAGGGUCAAGAGGGUCAACCAUCUGGAUUGCAGGGCACCUAGCCACAUGCCUGUCAAAGCCUCAUCACUGGAGAACCAAAGCUCCACAUUGAAUGGUCCAAAAACACUGCUGACCAAUUGCAUCUCAGAUGAAGAAGCCAAGAGGCGCAAGAAUUCAGCCACCUACUGUAGGCCAGUGAAGACUAAGCAUUUGUCCUCAUCCAUGCCUUCUUGUUCCUCAUCUGAUUUGGGUGGCUCAAUCAGAAGGAAGAAGCCAGUUGUCUCCUUUGAGGAAAAGCAGAACACAAUGAAGUCAAAAGCACAUUAACAGCAAGUGCCUGUGUUCUGCAGAAGCCAGCAGUCUGAGAACUCUGUCCAUGGAUCCAAUCCGAAGUCUCUUUGCUUUUUAUAACUUUAUAGUAUUUUUUUAAAGAAAAAAAUGUUCUAAAAUACCUGAAGACUGUGAUUGUUCUUUUUUGGUGUUGUGGUGGUUUUGCCUAGAUAGAUAAAUAAAUAAA